CCAGCCUUGGUCUUCUCAGAUUGGUUGAAGGAGAUCUGUCGAAGAGCAUGUACCCAAACCUGCGGAAACCUACGGUCACCUUUUUCCAUGGAAAACUAAGCAGAGAACUGGGGAUUGGCAUGAUCAAUGGGACUAGCCCACGGACACAUAGGCCAUUCCAGAAACCAAGACGGUCGGACCUGGUGCCAUGGAUCAAUCUGCAGUGAGCCCUCUAACAGAGGCCAAAGAACAUUUACAACACGAGAUAUGGGAACUGAGAGAGACAGCCGCCAACUUGGACACUGAAAAGCAGGAGAUUAUGACAGAGAACCAGGGCAUGAAAGAGGAGAACAGGAACCUGGAGGCCAAAAUUGACUGCUUCAAGGCCAUGGCAGAAGACCUUCAGAAGGAAGAGGGGGAACUCCAGGCAACACUACGGCAGCUGGAAGACACGAUUCUGCGUCUGGAGGCUGAAAACCAGAGUUUGAACGAAACCAACCAGGGGCUCAGGACUGAGACCCAAACAAUGUCCAGCCACGUUGUUUUGUUUCAAGAUUACAAGGCCAUGCAGGACCACGAUGUCUCUCGGAUGAAGCAGGUGAUGGAACACAUCGUGACGUACUUCAAGCAGCUGGAGGGGAAAAUUGAAACCGCCAAGCAGCGGUACAUGGAGGAGCAGAACCAAACCGCCGAGCUGAAGCGCACCCUGGACGAACUGGAACAGAUCCGCGAAGUUCAGGAGAACGAACUCGCCGGCCUCCGAGAGCAACUGGAAGAGGCUUCGCUCCUGAGGUCGGGCCCGGGCGAGAGCACCAACUUCCCCUCUUUGCUCCAUGAGAUGGUCCAGGCGAAGCUGGUCCAAGAGUCCCAGGCCAUGCAAAACUGCCUGCUUCUCCUCUUGUCCAAAAUCAUGUGGCUCCUCUUGGGCCUGGUGGUCUGCCUGGAAUUCUUGGACAUUUUUGUGAAACUGUACCUCUUCCUCUUCAGCCAGGACAUGGAAGCGGGAAGCCAACUGCUGUUGAUUUCGGACCACCUCAGCUUGCUGACGGAUCUCCUCUCUCUGCAUCGCACGAGGAAACCGAGCGGAUUGCUGCCAUUUUGAGAGCAAGCAACCGAACCAAUGGUGAAGGAGUGAAAAAUAUUAAAAAGCCCUCUGAAGUCUCACUGGCCAUUCCAUGUUCUUGUUAGU